GAGGGCAGGUGCUGAUUUCAACCCUGUAGCGUCAGGAUUGCGUCAAUUCGGGCUUCAGCCACGUCUAGAGUCUCCGAGACGAGCUUCUCAGAAGAGCCAAAACAGGAACAGGGGUGGCAAAUCACUGUGCGAAGGCGAGUGGACCUCCCUCUUUGCCUCCUCCCGUUCCAGGCGCAGGUCCCCUGAGCUCUGCGCUGUUGUUUUCAGCACUCGGGAAAGCCGGCGCUUCAGAUCCAGGCAAGUGAAUCAAGCCAGGGAGUUUUCCGUUCAGCACCUCGGACAGAACACGCAGCAAAAAAUGGCUCCGAUCACUACCAGCCGGGAAGAAUUUGAUGAAAUCCCCACAGUGGUGGGGAUCUUCAGUGCAUUUGGCCUGGUCUUCACAGUCUCUCUGUUUGCAUGGAUCUGCUGUCAGAGAAAAUCAUCCAAGUCUACCAAGACUCCUCCAUAUAAGUUUGUGCACGUCCUAAAAGGAGUUGAUAUUUAUCCUGAAAAUCUAAGUAGCAAGAAGAAGUUUGGAGCAGAUGACAAAAAUGAAGUAAAGAAUAAACCAGCUGUGCCAAAGAAUUCAUUACAUCUUGACCUUGAGAAGAGAGAUCUCAAUGGCAAUUUUCCCAAAACAAACCUCAAAGCGAGUAGCCCUUCUGAUCUGGAGAAUGUGACCCCAAAGCUCUUUUCAGAAGGGGAGAAAGAGGCUCUUUCCCCUGAUAGCUUAAAGUCCAGCACUUCCCUUACUUCAGAAGAGAAGCAGGAGAAGCUGGGAACCCUCUUCUUCUCCUUAGAGUACAACUUUGAGAAGAAAGCAUUUGUGGUGAACAUCAAGGAAGCCCGUGGCUUGCCGGCCAUGGAUGAGCAGUCGAUGACCUCUGACCCAUACAUCAAAAUGACAAUCCUGCCAGAGAAGAAGCAUAAAGUGAAAACCAGAGUUCUUAGAAAGACCUUGGACCCAGCUUUUGAUGAGACCUUUACAUUCUAUGGGAUCCUCUACACCCAGAUUCAAGAGUUGGCCUUGCACUUCACAAUUUUGAGUUUUGACAGGUUUUCAAGAGAUGAUAUCAUUGGAGAAGUCCUUAUUCCUCUUGCAGGAAUUGAGUUAUCUGAUGGAAAAAUGUUAAUGAACAGAGAGAUUAUCAAGAGAAAUGUUAGGAAGUCUUCAGGACGGGGUGAGUUACUGAUCUCUCUCUGCUAUCAGUCCACUACAAAUACUCUCACUGUGGUUGUUUUAAAAGCUCGACACCUGCCUAAAUCUGAUGUGUCUGGACUUUCAGAUCCCUAUGUGAAAGUGAACCUGUACCAUGCCAAAAAGAGAAUCUCGAAAAAGAAGACUCAUGUGAAGAAAUGCACCCCCAAUGCAGUGUUCAAUGAACUGUUUGUCUUUGAUAUUCCUUGUGAGGGUCUUGAAGAGAUAAGUGUUGAAUUUCUGGUUUUGGAUUCUGAAAGGGGGUCCAGAAAUGAGGUAAUAGGGCGGUUGGUCCUGGGAGCAGCAGCGGAAGGAACCGGUGGAGAGCACUGGAAAGAGAUCUGUGACUAUCCCAGGAGACAAAUUGCCAAGUGGCAUAUGCUCUGUGAUGGGUAGCGUCCUAGCCAUGAUGAGUUGGAACAAUGAUUUUUACUAGGCAAGGAACAAUUUUCUUUCUCUUUUUUUCCUGAUAACGUGAUUGCAAGCUUGUGACAACAAGCUGCCCUUUUUUUGUUGUUGUUAGAAAUGGAUUGAAUUAGCAGACCAGAAAGUAACUGUAAAUGUGUAUCAUGAUAUUUUCCCCCAAUAUUCGAGAAGUUGGAUAAAUUUUCAUGAGGUAUUCAGUCUCUUCUGCAGGUUACCAGAGUAGCCAAGCAUUUUAUGAAUCCUGCGGUGCAAUCCCAAGCUAUGGAUGUGGUUUAGAAGGUGAUGAUCUCAUGGGAACAUGUCACUGGAAACAAUGUGAUUUUUUUGGAUUUAGAAAUGAAAAGCAUGCUUUCUCUUAUGAAAAUUCAUCCAUUUUUUCUUCAGACGGGGAAAUCAAUUUUUCUUUAAAUCCAAAGAUAUUAAAGAAACGUUCUCUAGUUUGUUUUUAUUCAUUAUGUCAUGUGCAAAUGGUUGUCUUGCAUAUAAAAGUAUAUGGUCGUUUCUCUUUAGUUUUAAUUAUUUGAUAUAAUUUUAUUAUACAAGGAGUAACUUGGUUUUGUUUCAAAAGGACAGUGAACAAGCUGAGAAACCAUUUUAUUAAAGGGCUGAGUUGAGAACACUGUGGCUGAAAUAUUAUUUUCUCCCUCCUAAGGUUAUAUGUGAGUCAAAUUGUUGGAAAAUAUGAUCUCACAUAAGAACCACGGCCUUGAAUUAUUCACUGCCCUUCACAAACAUCAGUGUGGUCUAAGAAAGCCCUGUUUACCUUUGUGAAAUUGUGGAAUUAGUUAGUGGGUAAAGAAAUAAACUUCAGCUAGAAAUCCAGUUAGAAAUGCAGUUUUCUGAAAGGAAAUAUGUAUAGUACACAAGUGUGCAUUCAAGGCCAUCCCUCGUCCACAGAAAGGGCAUGACUAAGUCUGCACGUAGCUUGUCCUCCCCCAGAAAGGACUAAGCUACUAUUUGGAAAGAAACAGACAGGACUGAAGUUUUAACCACUGCCAGAUAGAAAGCAUCACUUAAACCAACAAACUAAGGAAUGCCUGAAAAAUAGCUAUACAGCAAAGCCUAAUAUAAUUUACACGUUUUCACACAAAAUCUCUUUAGGCUGUCAAAUUAGCACAACAAAGUAUGUUUCACUAUCUUUCCUAGGCUAAUUUGUCUUGAGCUGUUGUCUGUGGAGCAGUUUAUAGACUAGUGUCUCACAUGGUUUGCCAGUACCAGGUCUCUGAAAUUCAAUGAAAACCUGCUUGAGCAAAGCAGCACCCUGGGAUUCCUUGAAAGGAUGAACUUGAGGUCAUAUCACCAUAUUUGAGUUUUUAGAGCGUAUCAGUGAAACUGGAUACAGUCGAAUUAUUAAAUAUGCAAGUUAGAAAUAAAGUCUACUGAAAAAUUUACAUUUUGAGUCAGGUUUUGUGUCAGUACCUUAGCCGUUUUCGAGAAUGUGUUUGAUAUCACAGUGUUUGUAAAUUCUAUGACAAAUGCAUUUUCAAAACAACAUACAUGCUCUUUAUGACUCUGCCUAAUGUAAAGAAAAUGUUUUACAUUCUAUAUGUACAAAGAUUGAAGUCAGCCUCUUUUUUGUGCUUUAAGAUGACUUUGGGAUUAAAAAAGAAUAUUCCCUAAUCAUUGUCUUUAUCCACCAGAAUGUCACCUCAUGGCAUUUCUAUGAAAGCAACACAAAAUGAGUCGUAGUCAGUGUGUGGUUUGGGGAAGUUAGAGGGCCCUUUUAUUGUAUGUAUAUUUGGUAUCAUGGGCCAUGGAAUAGAAUAUAUUUUGGAGCUCUGCAAAGUUGUGAGGAGUCGAUUUGAAGUAUCCUUCACAGCAGCCGGAAGGUAACGGUGGUACCGAGUAAAGUAUGGUUGUUGGAGGGUGAUUUCUUUUUUAAGUGGAACAGCAAAACCAACAAUGAAUACUUUUAAAAUUACAAUGAAUAAUUUGUAAAUAGUUUUUAGUUUUUAAAUUUUAAAGUGUUUCUGAGUGUGAAAAGUUGAGUAAAACUCUUUGUAAUUGCUUUUAAGAAAAGAAAGAAGGAAAACUAGAAUCGAAAACAGGCAGGGACAUCUGCGAUCCCAUCAUCUUCCGAAAAUUAUACUGUUUUAUAACGUAUUAUAAUAUCAAUGUGAAUAUCUUGAAUUCUGUUGCAAAUCCUGCACUGUAUGAAACAUGUAAAUUAACUGUUCGUCCGAUUAGCCAAUCCAGCCACCCUCAUGGGGGGGGUCUCUAUGUUUGAAGAACCGUGUAACUCAGUAACUGACUUGUUCUGAUGUCGUAACUCAAUAGAAGUGACUUGGAAGGAAGCAUGGCGUAUGAGAUGGUGUCUGUUCUUUCGUGCCAGCUCUGUAUGAUGUUUGUAAGACCAUGUUUGUAAGACAUGAAUAAACUGCUGCUUUUGCCCAACCCAUUUCAACUCAAA